AUGUCUUCCAGAAUCGCCCUCGCCUCGCUCUUGCUGUCUGUUGCUUCCGGUCAGGGAAUCGGUACUUUGACUCCUGAAGUCCACCCUCCUCUCACAUGGCAAACUUGCACAGCCUACGGCUCUUGCACAACCAUUGCUGGCAAGGUCGUCCUCGAUUCUAACUGGCGUUGGUUGCACUCAUCCACUGGUACCAACUGCUAUACUGGUAACACCUGGAACCCAACUUUCUGCCCCGACAACACGGCUUGCGCUAAAAACUGCCAACUUGAUGGUGCUGACUACUCCGGAACUUAUGGAGCUACCACCACUGGUAAUGCCUUGAGACUCAACUUUGUCACUAACGGCGCCAAUCGAAACGUCGGAUCUCGCAUGUUCCUCAUGGCCGAUGACUCCAACUACCAAAUGCUCAGCCUCUUGAACAAAGAAUUCACAUUCGAUGUAGAUGUGUCUCAUCUUCCUUGUGGCCUGAAUGGUGCUCUUUACCUUGUCAGCAUGGCCAAGGAUGGUGGUGCCUCUCUGUACCCCAACAACAAGGCUGGUGCUAAAUAUGGUGUCGGAUACUGCGAUGCCCAGUGCCCACGUGAUCUUAAGUUUAUCAACGGAAUGGCAAACGUCGAAGGCUGGGUCCCAGCUUCCAAUAACGCCAACACUGGUUUCGGAACCCACGGUUCGUGCUGUGCCGAGAUGGAUAUUUGGGAAGCCAACUCCAUCUCUACGGCAUACACUCCUCACUCUGCCGACCCUACCGGACAGACCAUGUGCUCUGGAGACGCGUGUGGAGGCACUUACUCUGCCGACAGAUAUGCUGGUGUCACUGAUCCCGACGGAUGUGAUUUCAACUCUUACCGCCAAGGCAACAAGGAGUUCUACGGCCCAGGCAAGACUGUCAACACCAACUCUGUUUUCACUGUCGUCACUCAAUUCCUCACCAACACCGGCACCGAUGCCGGAACCCUGAGCGAGAUCAAGAGAUUCUACGUCCAGAACGGUGUUGUCAUCCCCAACUCUCAAUCUACUAUCGCUGGAAACCCAGGCAACUCUCUCACCGACUCCUUCUGCAAGGCUCAGAAGACUGCUUUCGGAGACCAAGAUAUCUACAACAAACAUGGUGGAUUUGCUUCCAUGUCCAAGGCUCUCAAGGACGGCAUGGUUCUCUCCCUCUCCCUCUGGGACGAUUACGCCGCGAACAUGCUCUGGCUCGACAGCACUUACCCAGUUGAUGGCAACCCAGCCACACCAGGUAUUGGCCGUGGAACGUGCCCAACCACCAGUGGUGUCCCAGCUGAGGUCGAAGCUGCCAGCCCUGACUCCUACGUCAUCUACUCCAACAUCAAGGUCGGAGCUAUCAACUCCACCUUCAACGCGGGAUCUGUCGUCAACCCACCAAGUGGAGGCUCCUCCAGCUCCACUAAAGCCGGCACUUCGUCCACCAAGGCCACUUCAUCUACCACUCUCCGUACCUCGACCAAAACCUCCACUUCUGCUGCCGCUACUUCUUCCGCAGCUUCAGGUGGUGCUCAACGAUGGGGACAAUGCGGUGGCCAGCCUCCUUAUGCCGGUCCAUUCACCUGCCAAUCCCCAUGGGUCUGCACAUACUCCUCCCCAUACUACUCCCAGUGCUUGUAG